AAUCAGGACAUCUUUUCUCUAUAACUACCCACAACUUUCAGGGUGUGGAUUAUCCCCUAUUGUCGCAUUGUAUCCGCCUGUUGUUCACCUUUUUAAAGUGCAAAAGAAAUGUUGAAAUUAGAUCUGGAAUAUUGGGUUCUGUAAUCUGAGGUAUGAUUCAGUUUUUGACAAACCGGUUAGACCGCUCUCCUCCAUGAAGGGGAAGUGAAGGACUGCGUUACCUCCAACUUUUAAAACUCCUUUACCUCUCUGUUGUUGUGAAACGCAGCGUUAUUAUUGUCACUUUUUUUUCUGUCAGUCGCAACCCUGAGCAUGAAUAUGUUCAGGAGAGAUAAAGGCGCAGCAGCUCCAACUCCAGUGGUUCCACCUAGACCCAACCAGGAGGAUCUAGAUAACCCAGUUGAGCACAGCCUGAACACAGGGGAUGACGGGACGAGUGCCAACAGUGACGUCGCAAGUGAGCUUUACCAAAACACCAAGAGGACAGGAGUGAUGGGAGUUAUGCACAAGGUCAACCCGUUCAAGUUUGCCUCCCAGGCCCCUUCUACAGUCAGCAAAGCACCUUCCUCAGAGUCACUGGAACAGGGAGCAGACGCCACACAGAACCCUGGUGGGCUGAGAGGGGUCAUGCACAAGGUCAACCCGUUCAAGUCCCAGGCCUCCUCUACGGUCAGCAAAGCUCCUUCCUCAGAGUCUCUGGAACAGGGAGCAGACGCCACACAGAACCCUGGUGGCCUGAGAGGGGUCAUGCACAAGGUCAACCCGUUCAAGUCUACCUCCCAGGUCUCUAAAGCCACGUCCUCAGAGUCUCUGGAGCAGGGAACGGUUUCAGACUCCAAUCAGAAGUUGAAAGGGGCGAUGCAGAAGGUGAACCCGUUCAAGUCUUCCACAAAGCAGGUGCCAAAGAGCGAUCCUCCAGAUGAUUCUGCAGAUCCACCAGAGACGGGAGAAGAGCUUCAACCCAAACAGAAUCCAGGGAUGAUUGCAGGAAUGAUGCAGAAAGUCAACCCAUUCAAAUCCUCACAGCCAAAGGAUAACCAGCCUCUUCACGGUGACCUCUCCUCCAGCAGCGGGAGCUUGGACAACAACAACGUCUCAGAGAAGCAGAACCCUGGGAUGUUUAAAGGCAUGAUGCACAAAGUGAACCCGUUUAAGUCUCACACUCAGACGCCAGGUGAAGAAUGUCAGACUGACUCGGCUUCCUCGUUGAUGACGCAGGUACGGUUUACUGAAAGCCGAGCUAUUCACAGUGACCACUCCUCCAGCUCUGACAGCGUGGAUGACCGCGCCAUAGAGAGACAUUCUAUCUGGUACACUGACGUAGGCCCCGUCUGCGAGGUGAAGAGCACGCCUGCGGAGGCUCCGAGGAAAAGAACUAUGACGUUCAAAAUAAAGAGGAUUCUUCCCACUGCGUUGUUUGGGUCUCGAGCAAAGGACUCAUCAUCCGACACCCAGGCCCCGCCCCAGGAAGUGGUUGAAGUUCAGACCCUAGAGAUGGCCGAUGUACCCGUGCCCAGUGAAGGAACGGCCUCAGACCCUCUGGAUGACGAGGAAGGCCUUUUAGCGUGGUGGAAUAUAGUAGAGGGCUGGGCUGAGUGGAGUGAGGGCAACCAGGACGGUGAGCCUGAAGAUGUGGUGGAACAAGCAGCCGACCGUGUCUUCAUGGCCGCUCGUCUUUUCGUCCGCUUCUUCAACCAGCGUGGCGCCACACUCCAGCAGCGAAUCCUGGAGCUGCUGUCUCUGGCUGACUCGGCGGACGUCUUCCAUAAGAAGACCGUCCAGGCCAGUGUGGGCGGGGGGGUGGCCAGCGUGGCAGGAUCCAUCACGACCAUCACCGGGCUCAUCCUGGCGCCCUUCACGGCGGGGGCGUCGCUCAUCGUCGUAGCCGUAGGCAUCGGCGUUGCUACGGCGGGCGGGGUGGCGUCUGCUUCGGCCAACAUCACGGACACGGUGCAUUCAAAGACCGACCGCAAGAAGGUGGAGAAGAUGAUCCAGGACUACGAAGAGGAGAUCAAGGACAUCAAGGAGUGCCUGGAGUUUCUGCAGGAAGGGAUGGAGGCGCUGGAGGAGUGGAACUUUGAGGCGUAUGCUGAGAGCAUCUCCAAGAAACAUCUCAACCAGAACGUCAAACACGUGAUGAAGGAGGGUGGGCGCGCCGGCAAGGCUUUAGUCAUCAACACGGAGAGCCUGAUCAACACGGUCCAGGUCCUCAGCGUGGCGGGGGGGGCUGCUAAAGCCGCUCAGGUGAUGAGCGUCACCACGGGGGUCAUGUCGGGUCUGUUCCUGGCUCUGGACGUCUUCUUUCUUGCGAAGGACACCAUGGAGCUGAAAAAGGGGGCAAAGACGGAGUUUGCUGCCAAGAUUCGAGAAGUCUGUAAGGACCUGCAGGACGGGCUGCUGGAGCUGAACCGCAUCAAGGAGCAGCUGCAGAAAACCAUCGACGGGAUAGAGGUGGAAGUAGAGGAGGAGGAGGACGACGAAGAGCUGCUGAAGUCUGAGCUGAAGAAACUUGUGGAGUUUGAAUGAAAGAUAGAAAACCAAAAACAAUCACUCCCCUCAGGAGCUCAACUGAAGUCAUAUUUAUGAGUUAUAUAAGCUGUCAUUGUGAUGUGUAAGUGUCAUGUUGAACUAAUGUCACCUUUGCAAUUAAAGUGGAUUCCUGCCUAA